AUUUUAUACCAGGAUCCGAAAGAUACUAUUAAAUUAAUUUCAGAAAAAACAAAAAAAAUCGAUUUUCAUAUUAAACGUAUUAAUUCUGCGAAGCAUGUAAUCAAAGUAGGUUCAAUAGCUGACUUUGGUGAAAUAAGGGAUAUUCUCAAGGAGGCCAAGACAAAUUUCUACACGUUUACGCCAAAAGAAUUAAAAAGUCAUACUUACCUUCUUAAAGGACUGACUCAAUCCUUCACAGAAGUCGAGGUAGCAGAUGAGUUACAGAAAAAUUCUUGUGAAAAUCUCCUCUUCACCAAAGUACGUAGGCCACCUUGCGGUGACAUGGGAAAAAUUAAUAAGGAAAGGCGAUGUACAAUGUAAGAGGUGUCAAAGAUAUGGCCAUGUUGCGAGCAAUUGCAAUAUGGGUUACAGAUGCGUUAAAUGCAAAGAACUUCAUAAGCCAGGAGAGUGUCAGAUAUCGCUAGGUAUAGAUAACAAUUCAAAUAAAAUACCCUUUUGUGUAAAUUGUAAAACCGAAGGCCACCCGGCGUCUUAUAGGAGAUGUUCUAAAUUUAAAGAAUAUAAAAUGAACCUGAAAGCACAAAAUGAACGCGCUAAAUCAGAAGUUGCUAGAGUGAUAAAUAAUCCUGCCUUCGUCAAAGAUGGAAUAUCGUUUGCUAAUACACUUAAAACACCAAAACAAGACACGCUUCUAAACACAACUAAAAAUCGUGCUAGCCUCUUAAAAGCGCAGACCACCAAUAGCCCUCAACAUGUAGCAUUUAGCCAAAGCACGACUUAUAACUUCCACAGUCGAAUAGAGAAAUUAGAGAAAAACUUGGAAUUACUGUUUGAGAAAAUAGAAUCCCUUAACAUACAUAUGAAUCAUUUGGCUAACAUGCUAUUAAGCACCCAGCAUAUUCAUUAACGUACAAGC